AUGGCUGAGGAAUUAGAGGAGCUUUGGAAAAAAUUGACGUUUACUGAAGAGGAAGAAGAAGGCAUUAAUCUUAGCGGUGAAAGCACAAAAAUAGCAAGAGAGAUAGGGAAGAACUGUCUGGUUAUGAAGAUCCUCACUCAAAGGAGUAUUAACCUUGAAGCUUUGAGAAAGACAAUGAGAAUGCUAUGGCGACCAAACAGAGCAGUCCAAAUCUCUGAAAUUGAUGAGGAAUUAUUCUUAGUGGAGUUUGGUGAUACUAAAGACAAGAAAAAGGUCUUGGAAAUGUGCCCAUGGAGUUUUGAAAAGAAUCUGGUGUUGCUUCAAGAAUUCGAAGGGGAGUUGGUGCCCAAGGAAAUCAACUUGAAAUGGUCUCCUUUUUGGGUCCAAAUCCACAAUCUGCCUCUGAAAAGCAUGACAAAAGAAACCGGAUGGGAGAUAGGCAGUAAGGUAGGUAGAGUCAUAGAUGUUGAUGUUCCAGAGAAAGGUGUUUGUUGGGGCAAAUAUCUCAGAGUCAGAGUGCAGUUCGAUACAACAAAGAAAUUGAUCCGAGCCAAGAAAGUCAAGAUUGAAGAUGACGAACCACGAUUGGUCUUCUUUAGAUACGAGAGGCUCCCAAAUUUCUGCUAUCGGUGCGGAAUAAUCGGGCACGGUGAUAAAGAAUGCCCAGAACGAUCCACCAGUGACAAUGGCAUGAUGGAGGUGAAUCAGUAUGGAGCUUGGCUCCGUGGUGAACCUGGAAGGAAAAGCAACAUGGACAAUGGGAAAUCAGGCACCUGGUUUCAAACUGAAUUUCCCCUUUCCGGCAAGGGAGGUGGCCAGAGAGACAAUGAGGUGACUGAUCCUCACGCGCCACACGUCACUAAAUCUCCAUUUUCCCAGGCUGCAGAGGCUUCAGUUCAAAUUGGGGAUCUGACACCCAUGUGUACCACAGCAGUGCCCUCUUCUUACGCCAACAAAAACGUGAGUGCACAAAAGCCUGACACAGCUUCCUCUGAAAGAAAUUCAUUGGAACUCGACCAAAGGGACGGGAAGAGUCAGACAGGAAAUUUGAAAAGUCUGGACGUGACCAAACCAAAGCAGAAAGUAAUGACUAAGUUGGAGAACAAUGGUACCAAGGAGCAAAGUCAAACCAACGGUUUGGAGGAUGAGGGCCCAAUUGCUAUGAUUUAUGAAACCGAAAUGGGCUGGGUUCCUGAGACUAAGGGGCCCAAUAGUGUUUAUUGGAGAAGAAUAAAAAGGGAGAAAGUCAACAACAGCCCAAAGCCCAAACAAAAGUCUUGUGGGAAAAAAAGAUCUGUACCCAACCCCCUCUAG